AUGGGUUCCUCUAUCAACAGUGUGAACUUCUGGAGCCCAGAGGUGAAGAGAGAGAGGGGGAUGAGGAAGGAGGAGGGCGGACGCACCUCCAUACUGAAGGACCAGUACAGGACCAACCCGGAUGAGACCCAGCAUCUCCUGCUUUCUGUGGCAGAGCUCCAGGAGGAGCUGAGGGCCCACAGGGAGCAGAACUGCCGUCUGCAGCAGGAGGCCUCCAGCUCUCAGAGGGACCUCCAGGUGGACCCCUACCAGCAGGAGCGUCGGGGGGGCUUCAGUCCCGUCCACAGCCCCAGACACAGCCCUGCUGGCCUGGGCACCAGCCACAGCCCCAGCCCCGGCUCCAGGCAGAGCCCCAGACAGAGCCCCAGCAACACUUACAACUCCAGACACCACCAAGCAGACAUCCAGACCACCAGUCCUGGCUACGGCAUCUCCAUCCCCGCGCAGAGGCACAGCCCAGCCAGCACCUUGGUCGCUGGGCCUCGGGGCAGCCCCAGCCACCUGUACAGCCCCGGACACCCAGGCCCCAGCUCCAGCCCUGCUCACCCCCGCAGCCCCUGCCAGGUCCCGGGGUGUGAUGGCUCGUCCUCGCCCCCUCCCAAGGACCUCACGGAGGAGAAUUUCAGCCACCUGCAGUCGGAGCACGAGCGGCAGGCGAAGGAGCUGUCCGUCCUGAGGAGGACCAUGGAGGAGAUGGAGCUGAGGAUCGACUCCCAGAAGCAGACCCUGGGGGCCAGGGACGAGUCCAUCCAGAGGCUGCUGGAGAUGCUGCAGGGGGGCCGGGGACAGAGGCCAGGGGUCGUCUCCAUGGCUACGGAGGAGCUCGGCCAUCUGGAGGAAGAGAAUCUUCACCUGAGAGAGGAGUUGCACAGGAGGAACCAGCUCCAAGCAGACCCGACCAAGACCAAGGCCCUGCAGACUGUCAUUGAUAUGAAGACGACAGCGCCCCCUUUCUGUUUUGAUCCUGAUGUUAUCUGGCAGGACACCAAGAUCUCCUCCCUGGAGAGGAACAUCAGAGAUCUGGAGGACGAGGUCCAGAUGUUAAAGACGGGCGGCCUGCUCCACCCAGACGACCGCCACGAGGAGCUGAAGCACGCGGAGCUCUACAAGAGCCACUCCAAGUUCAUGAAGACCAAGGACAAACUCUCGUCCAGCGUCCCAGUGUCUUCCAGGGCUGCCCCCCCACGCCAUUUAGACCCCACCCUCCUCCUCUACCAGCAACCUUGGAUAGCACACCGCCCAGAAAUAGACCAACAGAAGCAGGAACUGAACAAGAAAGAAUCGGACAUGCAGGCCUUGCAGACCAAGCUGGAGACGUUGACCAAUCAGAAUUCGGAUUGCAAACAACACAUUGACGUGCUGAAGGAGUCUCUUAACGCCAAGGAGCAGCGAUCAUCCACGCUGCAGACUGAGAAGAUGCUGGCAUAG